CACCACCACCACCACCACCACCACCACCACCAUGCCAGCCACACCCGUCUUCCUCAUCACCGGCGCCUCGUCCGGGUUCGGCGAAGCCAUCGCGCAGGAAGCGCUCGCGCGGGGCCACCACGUCAUCGCGACGGCGCGCGGCACCUGCAGACUAACGGAGCUCGAGUCGGCCGGGGCGACGGCGCUGGCGCUGGACGUGACGAGCGACGAGGCGACGCUGGCGGCGACCUUCCGCGCGGCACACGCCGUCCACGGGCGCAUCACACACGUCGUGAACUGCGCGGGGUAUCUGUUGGAGGGGGCGGUUGAGGAGGCGAGCGGGAAAGAGGUGUUUGAUAUCUUCAACACCAACGUGCUCGGCACCUUCAACGUCGCUCGGGCUGCGGCGCCCUACCUGCGCGAGGCGGCCAAGGAGCCCGGGCAGAUGGCGGCGCUGGCGACGUUUGGGAGCUUGGGGAGUUGGUUGUCGGGUGCCGCGGCUGCUCAUUACUGCAGCACCAAGUUCGCCGUGAGCGGGCUGACCGAGGGCUUGGCCGAAGAGUUCCGGCCUUUCGGGGUCGACGUCUGCUGCGUGGAACCGGGAUACACGCGCACGCCGAUCCUGGCGAACGGGGCUGACGGGGUGAAUCAUCGGGUGAAGACGGCGCGGCAGCUGGACGUCUACAUGCACCAAGAGACCGACGCGGCCAAGAUGCGCGCAGCCCUCGAUGCUUUCAGCGGCAACCAACCAGGCGACGUCGUCAAGUGCGCCAAGGUCAUUGUUGACGUGUUGACCAAGGAGGGUGUCGCCAAGGGGAGGGCGGUGCCGGUGCGGUUGGUGCUGGGGUCGGAUUGUCUCGACGUUGUGCGCGCAAAGUGUGAGAGCACGCUGAAGCUGGUCAAGGAGUGGGAGGCAGUUUCUAUGUCGACAAUGAGGGACUCGGAGGCGCCGAGAGAGGAAAUUUAGGCCUGGGUCCGGCCCUGUUCUCAGCCCUGUUCCGGGCCAAGCUUUCCACUAACAAGCGGCUGCCGGGGCUUGGCAAUAUCCGCCCAGACUUGCAAGGAUUCAAGCUGUUCUCACCUCAAAGACUGGUGUUGAGUUUUGGUUUUUUAGGCUUUUUUUUUAACCUGUCCGUUUGUAUACAUGUAUCAAUAAUCAGUAUUUGCAAACAUUUCUCUUCUAGAUUUGUCCUAUUACUAUUUGAAAUCCCGGCUCCUCCUACACAGUAAAUCUGUAGCUGGAAUCGCGGCUC